AUGCCAGCCCCCGACAUGUCUCCUCCAGCCUCGACUGCUGUCGAAACGACCUCACCUAUAUCCUCAUGCGAUUCACUAUUAACUCACGAAUCUAUCACUCAAUCUCCUGCACGAGAUACGACCACCAACUUGACAGAAAAGCCGGACCUUUCACCCUGCAUAUCAACGUCAAUCCCAAAGACAGACAUGUCCAAUCACGAGCCAGAGAAACACCCCAAAGGAAAGAGGAAGAGGACUGCUGCCAAAGACAAGACUAUCCUAGAAAACGCCUACCUUGCGAACCCCAAGCCUGAUAAGGCAGCGCGUCUGGAUAUUGUGAAGCGCGUUUCACUCAACGAGAAGGAGGUUCAAAUAUGGUUUCAGAAUCGCCGUCAGAAUGACAGACGCAAGUCGCGUCCCCUUUCUGCCCAGGAGAUUGCUGCCCUCCGCUAUGGCGGAAUGCAGAUUCUGUCUUCUGACCCGGUGACUUAUAGUCCCUCAGCCACCGAAGAGAAAACUUCGCCCGCGACUGACGGCUCAUUUACAAAUGGCUCUGUGUCCGUGGAAACCCCGGUCAAACCCAUCAAUGCCUUGGCCGAGGAUCUGGUCGAAGGACCACAACAUAUCAGUCCGUCUAAUGGAGCCAUGAAGGUGGGAACCAAGGCUUUUGAAACUCCAGCGUCUCAAGUAUCAGAUCCUUCAGCUGCAUCUCAGCAACAUUCAGCAUCAUUUUCCUUGUCAAGCUCCGUUAGUUUCCUAGCGAACCAGUGGUAUCCUGCAAGUUCCUUCUCCACGCCGUCGACUUUCAGCCGUACUGUCGACGAUACACCCAAGUCUGAACAAUGUACGUCAUCCUCUUGCGAGCCUGCCACGUCCGCGACUUCCAUCCUUCCUCUUCCUCAGUCUCACGUACGUCUAUCACUCUCUCUUGAGGGCAAGGCGGAGCUUGUCGCCAAUGAGGCCUCAUCACCACGACUACAACCUAGCAAAUUGUUUUCGGAUUUGCCGAGUCUACCUCAAGUCAAAAGUCGGCCUUUCCAACGCAGCCAUAGUGCCCUUCCCAGCGUAACUUUGCCUCCCAUCUCGGCCCUAACAGAUUCUCUCCCGCCAACUCUUGGACGAGGCCGCUCCCGCGAUGCACAUGCAUGGGAACUGUGCUGUGAUGCUGAUGCUCGCGAUGAGCUCACUACUCAAGCAGAAAACGAGUCUAAUGGCUCUGCUGUUGCCGCUAUUAGUCUCCUGCGCUCAACGAGCGGUAUUCUUCAAAACAAUACAUCAAAGCGGAAUUCUCCAGCUACUAGACCAACGUCCCGGCCCCAACAGGCUAAAAAACCCAAGCUGAGUCGGACAUCAUCAAGCGUGGCAAGAAUGCAAACUGCUCUUGUGGACAGCGAUGAUGGCGUGGAUUCACAAAAAGUCGAGAAGGGGUCAGGGAAAACAGUCAGAGUCGACAUGCUGGUUUCUCCAUCGGGUGAUUCCGAUAAGGAGAACUGGUUUCCAGACGACGAGAGGAAUCCACGCCGAUUUUCACCGUCUCAUAAUGUUCGGAGGCCGUUGCCGGCUACUGCGACCAACAGGUUCAAUUCGAGGCGAACCGGCCGGCUACUACAGGACCACCCUGGCCCCAUCGUAUUCGGCGGAAAUCGCUCCAAGACUAUGCCGAUGAUAGGUCGCCGAGAUUCUGGAAAAGGCUUAUCGAUUUUCGAAGAUGAAGACAUGCCAGGGCUCAAGCCUACGGAUGAGGUAGAAAGGUUUAUGCGUGGCGAGAUCAGCCCCAGCAAGAAAGGAGACAUGGAUUGCAUUGCGGGAUUGCUGUCCCUAAGUCAAGGCAAUUGGAGAUAG